GGGCCUGGGCGGCCGCGAGCGCCGUCCUGCCUCCCUCCCUCCCGCCCCGGCGGGGACGCCGCUGGCCGUGCCCUCGGCUUUGUCGAUGGCACCGGGCCGCUUGUGCCGGGCCUGCCCGGGGCAGCAGCGACUCUCUGCCGGCCCCUGUGCGCGGGCAGUGCGGGGCACGGCCAGGGGUGGGAGCGGGCAGCGAGCUCGGGGUACUCCGAGCCGGCCCCCGCACCUCGAAAACUAUUCAGUUUUGGGCACCUCAGGACAAGAACAUUGAUGUGCUGGAGCGUGUCCAGAGAAGGGCAACGAAGAGCUUUGAAGGAGACAGAGAGGGCUUUAUUCUACCUCUAAGCCAAAUGCUUCUGAGAAAAAGAUCCCUGUCAUUGUCCUAUGCCAUAGGAAAAGCAGAGGCACAGAGAGCUACAGUCCAGGUACUCAUGGAAGUAAAUACUAGUUGUAUGUGGACACCUUUGCUGAAGCGGCUAAGGAGCAGAGCUAGCUAUUUCCUUCUUAAAAUCCGGAUGUGUCAAAUAACAUAAAUUUAAAAGAUACCAUUUUGGGGCCUGCAUCCUUUGUGAAGAAAAUGUGGAUUUAAGGCACAAGUGCUUGAUUAAGGUGUCUAAGAGAACAUUGUAAUUUAAAAUGCUCUUUGCACUCCAUUUGUUUUUGCAAACGUCUUCUGGGUGUGCCUGGGCCUUCCCAUCUCUGAGCAGCUUGUAUGAAUAAAGGAACAGUAAGAAGAACUUCCUGCAGCCUGGACUUUUGCUUCAGAGAGGUUGAGGAUUUGGCAGUGGCCCAUCCUCAGGAGCCUCACCACCCCUCUGAAAAGCCAGUCAUCCACUGCCAUAAAUGUGGGGAGCCAUGUAAAGGUGAAGUACUCCGUGUUCAGGCCAGGCACUUUCACAUCAAAUGCUUCACCUGCAAAGUGUGUGGCUGUGACCUGGCACAAGGAGGCUUUUUCAUUAAGAAUGGAGAAUAUCUUUGCACCUUGGAUUACCAGCGCAUGUAUGGUACCCGUUGCAAUGGUUGUGGGGAGUUCGUGGAAGGAGAAGUUGUGACAGCUCUGGGAAAGACUUACCAUCCAAGCUGCUUUGCCUGUACUGUUUGCAAGCGCCCAUUUCCACCAGGUGAUCGAGUCACCUUUAAUGGAAGGGACUGUCUCUGUCAGUUGUGUGCUCAGCCAAUGUCCUCCAGUCCAAAAGAACUGUCUGCCUCAAGCAAUUGUGCUGGCUGUGGAAGAGACAUAAAAAAUGGACAAGCAUUGCUAGCUCUGGAUAAGCAGUGGCACCUGGGGUGCUUUAAGUGCAAAGCCUGCGGGAAGGUCCUAACCGGCGAAUACAUCAGCAAAGAUGGUGCUCCUUACUGUGAAAAGGACUAUCAAGUUCUUUUUGGAGUCAAAUGUGAAGCAUGUCACCAGUUCAUUACUGGGAAAGUCCUAGAGGCAGGUGACAAGCAUUAUCAUCCAAGCUGUGCACGAUGCAGCAGAUGCAACCAAAUGUUCACGGAAGGAGAAGAAAUGUAUCUGCAAGGUUCCACUGUCUGGCACCCCGACUGUAAGCAAUCCACUAAGACUGAAGAUAAGCUACGGCCUACGAGAACAUCAUCUGAGAGUAUUUAUUCCAGACCAGGUUCCAGUAUACCUGGAUCUCCAGGCCACACUAUCUAUGCAAAAGUAGACAAUGAGAUCCUUGAUUACAAGGAUUUAGCAGCCAUUCCCAAAGUCAAGGCCAUUUAUGACAUUGAACGUCCCGACCUAAUUACUUAUGAGCCAUUCUACACUUCUGCCUACGAGGACAGACAGGAGAGACAGAGUCUUGGAGAGUCUCCAAGGACGUUAUCACCUACCCCUUCUGCAGAAGGUUAUCAAGAUGUUCGGGAUCGCAUGAUUCACAGGUCUACUAGCCAGGGCUCCAUUAAUUCUCCAGUGUACAGUCGUCAUAGCUACACACCCACCAUGUCACGUUCCCCUCAGCAUUUCCACAGACCUGGCAAUGAGCCGUCCAGCGGUCGGAACUCCCCUGUCCCCUAUCGGCCCGACAGCCGCCCUCUCACUCCAACUUACGCUCAGGCCCCUAAACAUUUCCAUGUUCCAGAUCAAGGUGUCAACAUUUACAGAAAACCACCAAUCUACAAACAACAUGAUGCAGCUGCUUUGGCAGCACAGAGCAAGUCAUCUGAGGAUAUCAUCAAGUCCUCCAAGUUCCCAGCAGCUCAUGCACCAGCACCCAACGAGAUACCAAAGAUUGAGACGGACCACUGGCCAGGUCCUCCCUCCCUUGCAGCCAUAGGAGCUGACAUGAGACGCAGAUCAAGUGGAAGAGAGGAAGAUGAUGAGGAGCUACAGAGACGCCGGCAACUGCAGGAGGAGCAGCUCAUGAAGCUCAACUCUGGUCUGGGACAAUUGAUAUUGAAAGAAGAGAUGGAAAAAGAGAGUCGUGAUAGGUCAGCCCUUUCUGCCAGUCGUUACGAUUCUCCAGCACAUGCUUCAGCUUCUAAAACCUCUUCUCUCCCUGGAUAUGGAAAAAAUGGACUUCACAGGCCGGUGUCUACAGAUUUUGGCCAGUACAACAGCUAUGGGGAUGUGAGUGGUGGUGUUAGAGAUUUCCAGUCCCUUCCGGAUGGUCAUGUCCCUGGAAUGAGAAUGGACAGAGGAGUAUCUAUGCCUAACAUGUUGGAGCCAAAGAUUUUUCCAUAUGAAAUGCUCAUGGUGACCAACAGAGGGCGAAAUAAAAUACUAAAAGAUGUAGACAGAACCAGGCUUGAGCGUCACUUAGCACCUGAAGUUUUUCAAGAAAUAUUUGGCAUGACGAUACAGGAGUUUGACAAGUUACCUCUCUGGAGACGCAACGACAUGAAGAAAAAAGCAAAACUCUUUUAAUAUCCCUUUAAACAAGCCAACAAAAAAUGAUGUGUAGGAUACUGUAUCAUACAGCCCAAACUAUUUGGAAGCAACUACUUAUCCACCAAAAAGGGAAAAUCGCAUAGUGGCACCUCUGUACACAGCAAUUGAACAAGAUGAACAUUUGCCCUCCUGGAACAUAGGGAGAAAAUAUCUGGGCUCAGAAACAACAAUGAUAGUUUUCAGAGGUGUUGACUUGUUACAUGAUACUAUACAAGAUAGGAAACUGUUCUGUUCUUCUCCCUCAAUGAUACUCCCUUUACUUCUCUCCACAAUAUGAUGGACUUUAUUGCUAGAGCCAGGAAGUGCCCUUAGGAUGCCUUGUAGGCUAAAGUAGUUGUAACCACUCCCAAGAACUGGAAAAGAAUAUAUAUAUAUAUAUAUAUAUAUAUAAAAGUAUAUAUAUAUAUGUAUGUGUGUUUGUGUGUGCACACAUGUAUUUGUAUCUAUCCAUCUAUCUGUGUGUGUGUAUAUAUGUGGAUAUAUAUGGAGACGAAGAUAGAUGCUAUGUAGUGAAGGAGAAGCCCUUUGUAACAUCCACACAGUCACAUCGUCUUUCACACAACUGUUUCUUAGUUGGCACUCUUUUGAAAUGGCAUCCUCUUCGUGUCAUACAAUCUGCAAAGGUGGGCACUCUGCUCACUUACAGGACAUACCAGUUGAAUUUCUGGAAAGUGGACUCCUUGUACUUGUAUAUAUUUGCUAGGAUGUAGGAAGUGAAUUGCUGUGUCUGUUGUCAGUCUUCCCUCUUCCGCACUUUCUGCUUGAAUUAAUAAGGCUGGAGCUUAACCAGUCAUCUGAAUAAUUUAAGAUAACUUAAGUAAUGGGAAUGAUGGAGAAGAGUCAGUUUUCUUGUAAUUUAGUCCAGGAGAUGGGUGGAUGGGGGUGGGAGUGACAGAGUGAGAAAACGCUUUUUAACGUGUGCCCUGGUUCACACCCAGAGAUUUUGGGACAGACUCCCUGCUAGUAAUUACUAGUGUAUCUCAUCAGACUGCAGUGGAGCUGCAGGAUUUUACAUCGGCAGGGAAUAUGGUUCUCUGCAAGCUAACACACAAAUUCAUCCCUCUUAGGGAGGAAUGUCUAUGAAUUAAAAGGUGCCAUCAAGGUGCCAUGCUCUGCCAAUAGAGGCUUUUUGAUUCAGUUGCAGUUGCUGUUCUCAAAACGGCACAGUGCAUGGGGCCAAGCACUCUUUUUAGUUAAUGUAGUUUUUCACUUGUGCUUGGAAAAGAAGGCACAGAGCUUUUUUUUUUUUUUCCUUCUCUUGAAGCAUCAAAGCUCCAGCCUUGGUUAUUUUUAUUUCCCUUUGUGCCUGACUUGGUUUUUGAAGACAGAGUAAUCAUGCAAGACAGUUUCUGAGCUGCAUUCAACUUAUUGCUUCCAAUAUGCUGCAGCUUUAAAAACUGCCUGUAUAUACCUUAACGGCUUCUGGGCAAGUCCUAUACAGAGGAGGACAUGAGCACCAAAGUAACUGAAUGAAUGCAUUGUGGCUGCAAGGUCAGCUUUUUCUCUUCCUUGGUGCUUAACUGCCAAUGCAUACUGCACUAAUGAGCCUGCUCCUGAUAUGGGAGAGGGUCAUUUAGGUUCUGUGUCUGUCAAAGAAUAUCAAGGUUUCAUUUUUAAUGCAGAAACUUUUGGCACUGGAGACAUCAGAACCUUUGUAUUUUCUGCUAUAUGAGACAUUGGUGUUAAAAUCUGGAAGUCAGGAAGGAGAAACAGUCCCAUGUAGUUGUGAGAUUCAGUAUCACUGUGUUGAGUUCUUGAUAUCACCAAAUGGCAUUUUACUAUGAAAUGUGCAGGACAGCCCAAAUCCUGCCUCUUCUUUCCUAGUUUAGGAAGUCCUGUUGCAAUAGAUCACUGUGGUUCCUUUGAUAAAAUCUGAGUUGAAGAUUCAGUAUAUGACAGACAGAUAUUAGGGGUCAGCAUGUGCUCUGUGUCCUUAGGGCUAAGGAAAUGGUGAAUCUCUGGAACAAGCUGGAGAAUGUGACACCAGGCAGAUCGGGCAUCACAGUCCCCGCUGAACAGAAGUACUCAGUGACACACGUAAUUGUGAGGAAGCUCUCUGGACAUUACUGAGAUUGCAGCAAGGAUCAGUUCAACAUGUUUUAUUUCAUUUUUCAGAACAAGCAUCUGAAAGGAUUUUAGAGGAACACUGAGAAGUAAAUGGGAGCCUUAGGGGCACUGGCAUUUUGAGAUGCAUUUUUGAGUGACUGCUGAAACCCAAUCCAUACAAUGAAAGAACAGCAGUGUUUUACAGUCACAGGCUUUGUGAAUACUGGAGUCUCAGAAAUUCAGUGUUUGUCACCUGCAAGGUAUAACUUCACUUUGAGAUGAACAUUUGAGUUUUAAUACAUUUAAAGUAUUAAAAUUCUCCAAAUUUUGUCAGCCCACAUGCUAUAGACAAUUCAGUGCUGCUGCCUCUCAAACAUCGUAGGCAUUAUGGGUCUUUUAGCCCAAGUCAUCUUGACAAUAAACCUUUUGAUCUGAGGACUUGCUCUCUUAAGGAUGUGAGCUGCCAGUCUGCGUUUUACUGUCCCCGUCUCUAGAUUACUAUUGAAUUUCUCACAGCAUAUAUAAAUACGCUACUAAGCCAGUUUGAUUUCUCUCCUCUUAAAAAAAAAAAAAAACAACAACAAAAAAAAACCACAACACAAAAAAAAAAAGAAAAAAAAAGUUAAAAAUAAAAAACUCAGCCUCCUAGCCUGUGAAGAAUGACAGGGUGAUUUUUAUCUGCCUCAUCAACUGAGAAUUUAAAACUACAAUUGCAGCUUGGGAAGGAAUGAAUAGAAGCCAGCUUAGAUGCUGCAGAAACAAUUGGGCCACUGCUGGUUCACAUCUCACUGGAAUGGAGCGUAGUCAGUCAGUUCACAGCCCUCUGUGCUGAUUUAGUACUGCUUUAUUUCUGAUUGAGAACAUGAAGGGUUUUCUGAGCUUCAGUUUCAUUCCUAUAGUUUAUUCUCCCUAACUAGCCUAACCAUCUAUAUGUAGACAUACCCCAAGAGGUCACCUGUGCAUACAAACCACGCUGCAGCCAGCCACAGGGGUGUGUCUGUUUUCUGCAGUGGGCUGUUAGUGAUUGUCACUGCAACAUUUUCUGUUCUUUCAUCUGGUCUUCCCACCUAAUGAAAACAGAAAUGUAGCCCCAGGGAGAAUUUUCUUUGUAAGCAAGGAAUCAUUUUGCUAAUAUCAAUCAAGUAUCAUUUUCUUGGGCAGUUCUUUGUAAUUCCCAUCUUCAAUAUUCCCUUGAGACACGUCAGGGGUUGGACUAGAUGGUCUUUAAAGGUCCCUUCCAACCCGAAGUAUUCUGUGAUUCUAUGAAUAUGUGUUAACUACGUGCUUAUGUUCUUCUAUCUCCUGCAAAGCAUUUGAGUUUCUGAUAAAGUCCCAUCAAACUCAGUGCUGUCAACAGAAUGCCAUUGCCAAGAGGACUGGAAACAUUGCUUUUGUCUUGUUUUUUCCCCUUUUCUGCUUUAGGAGCGAUGUAAGAGCAAAGACCUGUCAAAACAUUGCAAAAUAACCACACGUGUGCAAAAUGGGAACACAGGUGCACACGUAGCGCACACACUCCCCAUUUGGAGUUGAGAUACUACGUCAGUAGUUAACCUGGAGUUUCCAAAUAGUGCGUAGUGUUGAAGAGAGAGCGAUCAUUAAGUUAUGAAGGUUGUUACUUGCAUAUGCGCCUGGAUCUGCAGGGCUUGUGGAUACCUGUGAUGUAUUGAGUGUGCAAAAAGCAGGGUCAGUUUCCCACGUUGUGGAAGUGCCCGGUUGGCCACAAUUAUAUUACUUAAAAGGCCUCCUCAGGCAUAUGUGAGCAUCUGCAGCACCAGUCCCUGGCAGCGCUUAGAUGGAAGGGUAAUACCCUGUGCAGUAGUCUUCAUAUGAACGGGGAAUCCAGAGAUCUGACUUACUGGCUUUUGUGCCCUCUCCAGAUACCGGUCUGAUCAUUUCCAUUUGAACAAGUAGAGAACUGUUCUGCAUUACAGUGGGAACAGCUGGCCAUUCCCUCUAUACCCAUGCCUUAACUUAGUGUAAGCUCCAGCCUACUACAAGACAGAAGUUGAAAUAAAUAUUUUGAAAUAAAUACAUUGUUCAUCAUCUCUGAAGAUAGUAGAAUUAAGUCAACUUGAAGAGCACAUUUGGAAGUUACUAAACUGUCCACUGUUUCUCAAUGAAGCAAUGUGAUCAGUUCUGGCCUCAGUUCAGGAAGCUUGAAUGGAGCAUCUCAACUCUGCCAGUGUCCUAUCCCAAACCUGCUACACUUUCUGUACAACUGGAAGAUGUAGUUCUUGUGAAGUUUGCUCACAGAAAUUUUUUUUUUAAUUGUUUGUUAUCAUCUCAUGCUGAUCUCAUUUAAGACAGGUUUUAGUGGCAUCUCAGAAACAUACUUGUUUUCAGUUUGGUUAGUAGCCUUUCAUUAAAUAUGGUUUGUGAUGCGUUGUGGACGUAGCUGCAGUGUGCUGUGAAAGAUUAGACUAGGAGAACGGAAAGUUUCUUAACAGCUGUAUAUGGGACAAGAUAGCUCUGUGGCUCCAGUGAUGCUUUUACUUCUGUUAAGACAAAUGUCAUCUCUCCUUACAAAGUCCUAUAGUCCUAACUCUGUGGGCCUAGCACUGAAGUGCUUGCUGCCCUUUCCCUGUUGCAAUACAGAAAUCCUUUCUCAGCCAUGGAGUUCCAAUGUCCAGUGUUCAGGGGAGGUCAUUAGGAGUCUCUGUUGUAAAAGUUUGUUAUGCUGAAAUUAGUCAUAUUUAGAAGUGAAAUCUCUUUCUGCAAGUCAUGCUUCUCCUCACCAGGUAAUAUCGAUGGAUGGAGAAAGGGUUAAGUUCUGGGAAGGAGGAAGGCUGGAAUAAGCUUGGUAUCUCCAGGGCUUGCCAGGCUGGUGUUAAGCAGACUUAGAAGAAAAUGCAGGUGUGAGCCUGUGGUACCUAUUUCAAACUGGGGAAGGCAAGUUUGGAGCCCAUAGCUUAUGAGCAUCUACACAGAAAUUAAUGGUAUGAAGUUGUUACAACAAGUGACAGAAAAAUUAACCCCCAAAACAGUAAAAAUACUAACAUCCAGUAAACUCGUCUUGGAAUGACUUAUCUUGGCUCAUCCUGACAUAGGAGGAGAUCUUGGCAUGUUUGGGCCAUAGCCUCACAGAGUAGACUAAAUGGAAACUGGCCUUUCUCCCACUCCAUGAUUCAUUGCUUUCCUUUGGAAUGUAUUUGUGGAGGAGGAUGUCCCCAUCCUGGAAGUUACCUACGGCAGUGAAAGACACCAGUCAAUGAUAAUGACGAUGCAACAAAACAUGUGCAGGGAACAAGAAAGUCAACUAAUCCAUCUUGAAAUGCCACUCAUCUUUUCAUGUCAGAGAGACACUUAGGGCUUGACUCCAUAGCUCCCUUCCCCGCUCAUUUAGCCCCAGGUCAUGGUCCAGUUCAUGCCUUGUCAAACUUUUUGGCCCUGUCAACACUCCUGCUAGAGUCCAGCACAGUCUUCAGGGUAGACGCAUAGCAAGGGCUGGCCUUGACAAUAUGUGGUAUGUUUUUACGCCGUUGCUAUGUAAUGAAGAGCUAGAGGGUUAGUGAGCACUGUGACAGUAGUACAACACGCCUUUCUCUUUUCAUGUAGAAACACCCUUAUUGCUGUAGGUUGCAGGACUGCUCUUGCUGGUGAGUUUUGCCUUGUGAAUUUUCCCACAUGCCUUUUUUGUGCUUAAUAAAACAAGGAACAAAAAAUCUAUCACAAUGCAAAGAGGCAGAGUUUUUAGUCAGACAACUCUGCUGGCAGGAGCUAUGUGAUGCCUGCAUUUGGCAGGGAGAGACUGAAGUAUGAUUAAUUUUAAUGUUAGCAUCAGUGCAGGAAGUGGGAAUGUAAUUGGCCAUUAAUGUUGUUUGUCUGUAUGCAAAAUAAAUUAUUUGUUGCCCAAAGGGCUUCUAACAGGGAAAUAGGUUUCUGCUGAUGAUUUCCUAAAAAAUGCUUGUCCAUGUGAAGAAGUAAUACUUCCACAUGCUUUGAGGACUUUGUUUUAAGGUGAGAAGAGAUGACUGAAGGCAAACAGUAACCUGUUUUGUCAGGAUCACCACAGUUAAUUGAAGUGUUGCUCCCUUGCAAAGCAGAGGCCCACAGGACCUUGCUCCUAGGCAUUAUGAAAUGAAGCAUUUCAAGCAGCAGAGGCAGCUAUGGGAAUUCCAGCGGUGCCUUACCAGUCUGAGUUUCUAGCUCCCUUAGGUGCUUUGACAGGUCCCACUGGACACUUGCCUGGGCUUUUGUCACUGAACACCCUUCAGAAAGCUCUCCAGAUGCAAAACCACUGAUUUCAGUGGAGCCUCUCACUGACAUCCACAUGCUUUGGAGCAGGGUCUUUCUCAGCUGGCUAGCCCAGGAAAGUCUCUGACUGCUGCGUAUGCCCACAGCAACAAGCUCUGUAUGUCAUUACCAGAUCAGUCCUGUCCAAGCAGUGUGGCUUGGUCAUUGCUGACAGCUCUUCCUGUAACGGAGCCUUACAGCUAUGGGCUUUUUUUUUUAAGCUUUGGAAACUGAAACUAAUUUUUCAGAAGUAUAUUUUCCUUUAAAUCAGUAGAGUUUGGCAAUAGGAUUUUUUUUUCCUUUCUCCUCCCUCCACAUGUUACAAACCAGCAUUUUGGGGAGGCGUCCCUGUGUUUUCCAUUCAUGUGUGAGACAGCUCUCUUUCUGAGUCUCUGUAAAAGUGAAUCAAUGUCUUGUCUGUACAGUAAGUCUGCUUGUAUGCAUAAUGAAAAGUUGAGCUGGGUUGCUGCUCUGUACAAUUAGUGUUUCCACUGUCAUACUGCAAACAGCACAUAUUGCACUCCUGUGCCACUGUAAUCUGCAUCACUGUUGUACUCAAGUCAAUGAAUAAAGUUUGGAGCUUUAUUCUUAA